CACCUCCCCGUCUGACCUCUCCUCCCUCUCUACAGCUCAGCUUCUCUUCCUGAGCUCACUCUGUCGUUAGCGUUCGCGUUGACUGGCCAGAGUCCGCGAGCUGAGCACCACCACCUCAUCUUUGCCUGAUCUGCCACCUUCCUCUGCCUCUCCCUUUGUCCCUCUCUCUCUGUCACUGCAGCUACUCACACAUUCUUCUCUGUCCAGCCCUCAGGACCUGACUGUUAUCUCGCAGCCCACCAGCCGCUGGUUCCUCACACCGCUUCCUGAUCCUCGUUCUAACUUCUGAUUGGCCAUGGCGUACCAUAGCUUCCUGUUGGAACCAAUUAGCUGCCAUGCCUGGAACAAAGAUCGGACCCAGAUUGCCCUGUGCCCAAACGACCAUGAGGUUCACAUCUACAAGAAGGAUGGGACCAAGUGGAACAAGAUCCAUGAGCUGAAGGAGCACAAUGGACAGGUGACAGGUAUUGACUGGGCUCCAGACAGUAACCGUAUAGUUACUUGUGGAGCUGACCGUAAUGCCUAUGUGUGGACCCUAAAAGAGGGUGCCUGGAAACCCACCCUUGUCAUCCUCAGGAUUAAUCGCGCUGCUCGCUGUGUUAAGUGGUCGCCACGAGAGAACAAGUUUGCUGUAGGCAGCGGCUCUCGUCUCAUCUCCAUCUGCUACUUUGAGCAGGAAAACGACUGGUGGGUGUGUAAGCACAUCAAGAAGCCGAUCCGCUCCACCAUCCUCAGUCUCGACUGGCACCCCAACAAUGUCCUGCUGGCUGCUGGGUCAUGUGACUUCAAAUGCAGGGUAUUCUCCGCCUACAUUAAGGAGGUGGAGGAGAAGCCUGGCCCCACCGCUUGGGGCAGCAAGAUGCCGUUUGGUGAGAUGUUGUUCGAGUCCGGAGGAUCUGUAGCUGCAGAUCAGACUUCGGUUGGAGGCGGUGGUUGGGUGCACAGCGUGUGUUUCUCUCACUCUGGGAACCGCCUGGUCUGGACCUCCCAUGACUCAACAGUGUCUGUUGCAGAGGGAGGCAAGACUGGCACGGUGAACAGUCUGAGCUCUGAGACGCUUCCCCUACUGUGUGUCACUUUCAUUACUGAGAACAGCAUAGUGGCAGCUGGCCAUGACUGUUACCCGGUGCUGUUUGUGUAUGAUGGGGCUAAAGGCAGCUUGACGUUUGGUGGUAAGCUGGAUGUUCCUAAGCAGGCGGCCCAGAAGGGCAUCAGUGCCAGGGAGCGUUUCCAGAACCUGGACCGUCGAGCCUCAGAGACCCAAGGCACUGAGAAGGACCUGAACAGCCUGCACAAGAACAGCAUCAGCCAAAUCUCAGUGCUCGAAGGAGGAAGAAACCAGUGCACCAAGUUCUGCACCACUGGCAUGGAUGGAGGAAUGGGCCUCUGGGAUGUCAAGACUCUGGAGUCUGCAAUGAAGAACCUGAAAAUAGUCUGAAGUCUAAAUUCAAGUUUACGGCACUCCGGCAAAAGAAAAUGCGCUUCGGUGGACAUGAAGGAAACCGCUGCCUUGUCCCACACCGCUUUUUGGCCUUAUUUUAAUCAGGUAUUUUUAUAUAUUCAAGUUUAACGAUCAGACUUGGGUCAGUCAGUGUUUAUCCCUCUGAAACACUUUGUUGAGCCUGUUAAACCCAGCACUGUGUGCAGAGGACUGACCCCAGUCUGCAAUUGGUACUUAAAGAGUUAGAUUAGUUUAAUCACAGAGAGCUCAGUCUGAGCUGAACGCUUACAGCUGGAAUUUUAUAAUAAUCUUGAUGAAUACCUACAGUAUUUGUUUGUUUGUUUUUUUAAAGCUUAUGCUGGUCAUAAUAUGCAUUUAAUAAAUGAUUGCUGUUUUAAAGCACA